GUGUGUGUGCAGAAGCAGCCGUGCUGGGUCAGAUGGAGCAGGUGCCGCAGCUUCCUCCUGAACUUUGGGUCUACGUGUUCAGCUUCCUAAAUGUGGAGGACCGGCACUCCGUCCGCAGCUCCUGCCGCUCCAUGAAGGAGCUGAUCGACCACCCGCCCCUCUGGAGGGAGCACACGGUGCUGCUGUCCAACCUGCGCCGCUACACCUACGGCUUCUGGGACACGCUGUGCCGACGCAGGUUGACCCGGGUGAUGGUGAGGCAUCUGCGGCGUAAAGAGUGGCGCAGGCUCGUUACUUUCCUCCCGUCUCUCACCGCCGUCGUGUUCGUGGAUGGAGGGAGGCAGUACAAGCAGAAGUACCUGGAUAACUUGGCACGCUUCCCCGAGUUGAGAGACUUCGGGGUGCGUAACGCCACCUGGGAUGAGCCCAUGCUGAGUUUGGGUCUGACCGAGCAGCUGCAGGAACGGCUCACGCACCUGAGCGUGUGCAACGUGAGGCUGCCGUGCACGGUGGAGUUCAUCCACGCCGUGUCUCACCUGGUGAACCUGCAGCACCUGCUCUUCCAUCAGCAGGGGGAGGGAUACGGGCUGGACACGGUGCGGCCGGUGCCCAGAGAGGUCUUCCAUCACCUGAUGCUGAACCUGCAGAAGCUCAGGCAUCUGUCCUGGGGCAUGAAGGGGGAACCCCGGGACCCGCUGCCCGAUGACUACCUGAGCCCCCCGGACCCGGAGCAGCCAGGAGUGUACGGAGGCCCGGCGCUGACCAGUCUGGAGCUGGUGGAUUACCCAGAAACCAUCCUGUCUGAAAACGCCCUGAGGAGCCUGUCGUCGCUGCGGUCGCUCACCAUCCGCUACAGGUACAUCAGAGAAGGUCUGGAGUGUCGCCUCGGGUCCUGGCUGAGUCCUCUGAGCCAGCUGGAAACUCUGACCAUCAUUGGUGGUAACGCUCUCGCCGCCUACACGACCUCGAUCCCGUCCAGCGUGACCCGGCUGACUCUGCGUGUGGCCAUCACGCUGAAGGACAUGGACUCCAUCGCGCCCAAAGUCCCGGCGCUGGAGCACCUCGACAUCGAGCAGAACCGGUCCAGCGGCAGCCUCUGCAGACGGAUCCCCAUGCUGUUCCCUCAACUCAGGACCCUCAGGAUACGGUUUUUCCGUCGGGAGCCAGAGAAAGACCUGCUGAGCCUCCACCGGCUGCGUCACCUGGUCCAGCUGGAGCUGCUGGUGGAGCGCUCCUUCAUCCUGAGGGACUAUCUGAACGGUCACCCAUGGCCCAGCCCCGGCGUCCAGGAGCUCAUCAACCAGCUGAGAGAGCUCUCCGAAAACAGGAUCAAUGUCAUCACCACCAUGCGGCAGAGAAACCCGCUGCGGGAGUGCGACUGCGUGUGGGAGGGGGACUGA